AUGCAUCUCAAUGACAGCCACAACAUGGCAUUUGUUCACUGGUCAGGUGACAACAGAGAAACCGUUGUUGUAGUAACAAGAGAUAGAACUAUGACAUCUAGUAGCACAAGUGCUGUUUGGAUCUCAAGGGAUUAUGCCCAAACAUUCCAAAAUUAUACAACAAAAUUCAAAUUAUCAAAUGGUAGCAUAGCUCAAAUCUCUCUAUUCCAUAGCUCCCCUAUUAAUAAAACUAAGUAUAUAUUUAUGGAUAGACUUCAUAAAUACAUCUUCACAACCACUGACGACUGCAAGACAUUUAAGAAAACAGCAGUUUCCUUUACACCUGAUGAGAUUACAUUCCAUCCUUCUAAUGCUAAUGUAGUGUUGGCUUAUGAUAAAACKUCCUACAUCAAAAGACUAUAUGUUUCACAAGACUUUGGAGGAACUUGGACUCUCAAGGAUGAUCAAGUCAGGUCUUAUUUCUGGGGAAUUCCUCCWUAUGAUAAUCCCAAUACAUUGUUUAUCGAGAGACUGCAAGUUUCAGGUGGYCAUUCUUUGGUUGUAAAAACUGAUUAUUUUACAAAUAAGGCUGGAGUGUCUUUGAUUUCUGGUGUGAAUGACUUUGAAGUCAUGGGUGCCUACAUGUUUGCUACAAAGCUUGCAGGUUCUGGGAAAACUGGAUUAUCACUAAUGGUGUCUUUUAAUCGAAGCUCAUUCCAUGCUGCUCAGAUUCCAACAAACCUACCAUCUUUGGAUUUCUUAGUUUCUGAUGUCUCUGAAAACCAAGUGUUUCUCUCUGUCAGCCACAGCAGGAGAACUACACACUUGUACAUUUCUGAUACCUCAGGAAUUAAAUACAGCUUGUCCUUAUCUAGAGUUCUAUACUUUUCUGUAAAAAGUGGAAGUGCGUGGCUAAGGAGAUACAUAGACCACUCAUUUGUGGAUCUUCAUAAAGUUGAUAGCUUGAGAGGUGUUUAUAUUGCAAGUCAGUUGUCGAAAGGUAGAGUAGGGCGACGUCAUCUUGCAUCUUACAUCACUUUUGAUAAAGGAGGAGAAUGGCGUCUACUUGCUGCACCAAAGGUGGACGUGAAUGGCAGACUUUUGAACUGUUCAUUGCCAAACUGUUCCCUUCAUGUGUCUCAGGACUUCGGUCAUUACUACCCAUAUUCAAGGUACACUCCCAUGCUAUCGAGUGCCUCGGCACCUGGUAUCGUCAUGGCAAUGGGAACACCCGGAAAGAGCCUAAAGCUGAAUGCUGACCUAUUCAUGUCUACAAAUGGUGGUUUAACCUGGGAAGAGGCUUUGAAAGGAUCCUACUUUUACAAUAUGGGAGAUCAUGGUGGUGUAUUCAUUGCAGUUCCAAGAGGAGCUCCAACUGACUUGUUUUACUACAGUUGGAAUGAAGGGGAACACUGGCUGUCCAAACGAUUUAUUAUCAAUGACAGAAUAUAUGUAUAUGGACUUCUAACAGAGCCUGGUGAAAAGAACACAAAGUUUACAAUCUUUGGUUCCCACACUAAGAAACAUGAAUGGCUUGUAGUUCAUGUAGAUCUGAGAAAGACAUUAGGUAAACCUUGCAAGCUUUCACAGGACUACAAAGACUGGAUUCCUUCAGAUGUAUACAACACUACCAAACGAUGCUUAUUGGGAAGAAGAAGUGUAUAUAAAAGGCGCAUUGCCCACGCCCAUUGUUAUAAUGGUUACAACUUUGAUCGUCCAAUCACAGUACAGACUUGUGAUUGCACAAGAGAUGAUUUUGAGUGUGACGUUGGCUAUAAAUUGGUUCAAGGUAUGUCAUGUAUAUGGGAUACAUCAAGUGGAUUACAACCUACUCCAAUCCCUGCUUAUUGUCCAGCUGGUACCACCUACUCUAAAUCUAAAGGGUACAGAAAAGUUGUAGGUGAUACAUGUUCUGGUGGUAAGGAAGGAGACUACAGCCCAUCUAAUGCAGCUUGUCCUGUAUCAUCAUUACCAGAGUUCCUGUUAUAUGCACAGAGAAGAUACAUCCGAAGAUUAACAAUAGGAAGCCACCAAGAAACAACACUACCUCUACCUGGUCUCCAUCAAACAAUUGCUUUAGACUUUGACUAUAAAGAGAAUUGUGUUUAUUGGGCAGAUAUUCAACUUGACACUAUCAGGCGAGCUUUCCUUAAUGGUUCAGGUAUCAUUCAGACACUUCAUACCUCCAUGCAACAGGUUGAGGGUAUAGCUCUUGAUUGGAUUGGAAAUAACCUKUACUGGGUUGAUGCUGGAGCCAAGAAAAUUGAAGUAUCAAGAAAAGAUGGUCAUUACCGAAAGGUUUUGUAUUCAGAGAAACUUGACAAACCAAGAGCUCUGGCAUUGGACCCACAGAAAGGGAUAAUGUACUGGACUGAUUGGGGUACUCAUGCACAAAUCAUCAAAGCACAUAUGUCUGGUAGCCAUAGCUAUGCCCUGAUAAACAGCUCCAUUCAAUGGCCCAAUGGAAUCACCAUUGACUUUACAGACAACAAGUUAUACUGGACAGAUGCGUGGUAUGACAGAAUAGAGACUUCAGACAUGGAUGGAAAAAACAGAAAGACAGUGACAAGUACAGGCCUUCCGCACCCUUACUCCAUUGCAAUUUACAAGCAGUAUAUGUACUGGGAUGACUGGAAUACUCACAGUAUCAUGAGAGCAUUAAAAAGAGGAGCAGGCUCACGUACAGUURUCAAAAGUGCUAUCAUAGGUGCAAUGGACUUGAAGGUUUUUCACAAAUCUAUACAACAGGGUAACAACAGUUGCUCUUUGUCAUCAACCUGUAAAUUCCUGUGUCUCGCAUCACCUGUGUAUCCAUACUACAAGUGUGCAUGUCCUGAUAACAUGCUAACAAUAAAUUCAUCUUCUGGGGCAGUUACCUGUAAAUGUCAAAAUAACACCUCGCUUGAUAGUAAUGGAGAUUGUACUUCCCAGACUGGCACAUGUCCUUCAGAUGAAUUCACCUGCAACAAUCAGAACUGUAUCCCAAUCAGCUGGAAAUGUGAUCAUGAAAAUGACUGUGGUGACAAUUCUGAUGAAGUUGGCUGUCCUCAUGGGUCAUGCGCGCCUGGAGAUUUUCUAUGUCCGARUGGUGYCUGCAUUAGGAAAUCAUGGCUUUGUGAUCAUGAUGAUGAUUGUGGAGAUAUGGCUGAUGAAAAGAACUGCACGUUUGCCACUUGCCGCUCUGAUCAGUUUACAUGCAGGAAUCACAGAUGUAUAUCCAAGAGAUGGGUUUGUGAUUCUGAUAAUGAUUGUAGAGAUGGUUCAGAUGAAUUAAACUGCACUCCAGCUCCACCUACAACACCGCACAACACAACCUGUUCUUCAAACUAUUAUGCUUGCAAUAAUGGCCGUUGUAUUCCCCAAAGUUGGUAUUGUGAUAGUGAUAAUGAUUGCGGGGAUAAUUCAGAUGAGCCUACAAACUGCCAYAGGUUAAGGACGUGUUCAUCAAGCCAAUUCACAUGUAACAAUACAAGGUGUAUUUCAUCAAGAUGGCGCUGUGAUGGUGAUAAUGAUUGUGGGGACUUUUCUGAUGAAACUGGAUGUCAAGCAUCCACCACCCAGGGACCAACAACCAAUAGACCUUGUCAAUCUUCUGAAUUCAAUUGCACAAAUGGCAACUGUGUUUCGCGCAGUAAGACUUGUGAUAAUAUCAAUGAUUGUGGUGAUUGGUCAGAUGAGAUGGGCUGCAUCACCACGAGAAAACCAACAUCUCAUAAACCUUGUCGGUCUUCUGAAUUCCCUUGCACAAAUGGCUAUUGUGUUCCGCGCAAUAAAACUUGUGAUAAUACCAAUGAUUGUGGUGAUUGGUCGGAUGAGAUAGGAUGCACUCCUAGAGUUCCUAUAACCAAACCAAAACCUACUACAGCUACUCCUAGACCAUACAUUUGUCAUCCGCCAUUUAUUAAAUGUAAAGGACGCGAUGUCCAUUGUAUUCAUCCAAGUUGGGUGUGUGAUAAUAAUAAGGAUUGUCCUUCGGGCAGCGAUGAGAUAGGAUGCACARCAACAACUAAAAGUACUCAAACUCUGCCUCCCACUUGCGCACCCUCCACAUUUGAAUGUGACAAAGGGAAAUGUAUAGGACUUCAUCUAGUUUGUAAUUCAAAGAAGGAUUGUGAUGAUGGUACUGAUGAAGAGGCAUGUUCAGGACCAAGUGGUUCAGUGUGGAAAUGUAAUGGCUAUUAUAACUAUAAAGGUGCAGUGGUUUGCGACAAGGGCACUAAUUGUAUAUCAAUAUUUAAACGGUGUGAUAGUGUAUAUGGACCAUGCCACGAUAAAACCGAUGAACAAAAUUGCAAUUCUGCCCCGAACAAAAAACUUGUUUCACCCCAACCAACAGCAACAAUUGUAAAGGACAYAUUGGUAUUUUCAUGGGAAAAACCGCUGUAUUCUCCAAUCGAAGGCAUGAAAGCAAUCGGAUACGUUGUGUCGUACAGUCCUGUAAGCAAACAUGGCCUCGCAGUAUCCAAAGAGGAGAAAAGUAACUUGACUAUAAUAAACAUCAAAGACAGCACCAGAAAUUCAAUCUCAUUACCUCAGCUGACUAUUUGYUCUGAGUACGAAUUCAGUGUUCAGGGGGUGUGGUCUCAGGUAGUGGGUCCACCUACKGAACCCAUCAAAAGUAAAACACCGACUGUUCUGACGGGCCCACCAGUAAAUUUGACAUACGAAAGAUUAACCGAAACUUCAAUAAAACUGAGUUGGAUUCCUCCAAAGAAAUACUGCUUGCCGAUAACAGGCUACAAGGUCACCAUUGACACACCWCAGUGGACCAAAGGGAGAAUACAGUACACRGGMAAUGUUCAGUAUGCAACAAUAAACAGCUUGAAUGGGACCACGACAUAUACCAUAUUUGUAAGACUAUAUAAGGGCCGGCGAUUUUUGCUGCGAUUUUUCGGGCGAUUUUCUAAAAUAUAUUAGAUUUUGUCUUAAUAU